AUCAGAUCGACUCGUUUUCGCCGAAGCAUCUUGGGCAAAACAACAGCCGUCUCCAUCGUCUCGUUUCCGGUUAGCAUCUUUAUCCGCAGCACCAACUUAACCUGUGACAUGUCAAAUUGACGAAAGCAUUUGUACUCGGUAGAUCACACGGUUUUGUUGACCGUAGUCUCCUUCUGACAAAAGCGGUAAUAGGAGUUCUAACGCUCGGUUAGCUGCCAAGCUGCUAGCUAGCUAGCUAACGUCGGCGAUCACGGCAGAGAAAGAUGGGGUCCGUCCUGAGUCGCAGAAUCGCUGGUGUUGAGGAUAUCGAUAUCCAGGCUAACUCGGCCUAUCGAUUUCCUCCCAAAUCGGGGAAUUAUUUUGCGAGCCACUUCUUCAUGGGAGGGGAGAAGUUUGACACACCACAUCCAGAGGGAUAUCUUUUUGGAGAGAACAUGGACCUGAAUUUUCUUGGAAACAGGCCAGUGCAGUUUCCAUAUGUGACGCCUGCACCCCAUGAGCCGGUAAAAACCCUGAGGAGUCUGGUCAACAUUAGAAAGGACUCUCUGCGACUGGUCAGGUAUAAAGAUGACUCUGACGCACCGGUGGAGGAAAGUGAAAAACCAAAGGUUCAGUAUGGUGUGGAGUUCACCUUUGAUGCUGAUGCUCGGGUGGCCAUCACCCUCUAUUGCCAAGCAUUUGAGGAAUUCUCCAAUGGCAUGGCAGUAUACAGCCCAAAGAAUCCAUCCCUGGUGUCCGAAACUGUGCAUUACAAGCGAGGAGUGAGCCAGCAGUUCUCCAUGCCGUCUUUCAAAAUAGACCUGACCGAGUGGAAAGAAGAAGACCUGAACUUUGACCUUGACCGGGGUGUGUUUCCUAUGGUGAUCCAAGCUGUUGUGGAUGAAGGGGACGAUUGCCUCGGACAUGCUCACGUACUCUUGGCAGCCUUUGAAAGACACGUUGACGGCAGUUUCUCCGUCAAGCCUUUGAAGCAGAAGCAAAUUGUGGACCGUGUGAGCUACCUCUUACAGGAGAUCUAUGGGAUUGAGAACAAAAACAACCAGGAAACCAAGCCAUCCGAUGAUGAAAACAGUGACAAUAGCAACGAGUGUGUUGUCUGUCUGUCGGACCUGCGCGAUACACUCAUCCUGCCCUGCAGGCAUCUGUGUCUCUGCAACUCGUGCGCCGACACCCUGCGUUACCAGGCCAACAACUGCCCCAUCUGCAGGCUGCCCUUCAGAGCUUUGCUGCAGAUCAGAGCUGUGAGGAAAAAGCCUGGUGCUCUUUCUCCGGUGUCUUUCAGCCCCGUUCUGGCUCAGACGAUGGACCACGACGAGCACUCGAGCACAGACUCGGUUCCUCCCGGCUUCGAACCAAUCUCCCUGCUGGAGGCUCUGAAUGGGCUGCAGUCAGUGUCUCCUGCCGUCCCAUCUGCCCCCCUCUAUGAUGACAUCAACUUCUCAGGGGGUCUGGUUGGAGAAGGCCGGCAGCUGAGCUCCCCGGAGCAUCUGAGUGACGGAAGUCUGCAGAAAGGCAAAGCCAGCAAGUCACCUGACAGCACCCUUAGAUCUCCAUCCUCCCCCAUCCAGGAAGAAGAUGAAGAGAAGCUGUCCGAGGUGUCUGAUGCUCAGCAACACACGCAGCUGUCCAGCAGUCCCGCCCCCACAGACGCAACAGCCAACGAGGAUGUGGCUGAAUCUCUGUCUCCAGACGAUGAGGACAGGAUGCAUUCUGGAGGAGACAUCCUACAGGACUCCAUCAGUGAACACAGCAGCUUGACCAAAACGGAGAGCGACCCCGCGGGCGACUUGUCCCUGCCAGCUCUAGGUCCCGAUUCCUGCUCUAUUGGUAUGGCGGAAUAACUGGGUCAUCGGAGUCAACCGGAAGCCUGAAGAGUCAGAGCACAAACAGCUCCAGCCAGCCUCUCCUGUGUCCCACAAGCAGCCUUCACAUGGAAGACGAGCUCCUCAACCCCUGACUCUCUCUGUCUCCGUCCUCUACCCUCACAACCAUCAGAACAGAUUCAUGCAUCACAGAGAUCCUCCGGCUCCUCCGUUCCUUGUACCCGACCAGCCGGUCUUCUGCUGGACCGAUCAGAGCCGCCAACAGCCCCCGAAAGAAGGUCCACCGGGACAAUGGCUCCGACAUGAAUUUGACUUCUUGUUCUUGGUACCCACCGCUGUGACGGAUGAGUCGACUGAACAGAUCCCUGGCUUAGAAAAACAUUUCAUUAACCGUGCGAUGGUUGUUUGGUGGAUUCCACAAAUAUGUCCCCACCUGCCGUGGUGGUUUUAAGCACACUUACCGUAAAUCAACUUUAUCAAAUGCUUAAGACUAAAUCCCGAAGAAUUUAUAAAUAGUUUGUCUCGAUAUUGUAUUCAUCAGUGAAAUACAUUAAUGAUGUGAGAACUUAUUUUUACAGUGAGGCUGAUUUGAGUCAUGAGUAGAAUAUAAAUCUUUUGUUCAUUUCAACUCAUUUUGCAUUCCGGCAAAUCCUUUUGAUUCCAUUCCUUAUAACGAGCUCAUGAGAUGUUUUUAUUAUUAUUAUUAUUACAACGACGUGAUAUAAUGUACUAGAAUCCUGUGUAGUUACCUCCAAAUUGUAUUCUUGCAUAUUGCGUGGAAAAAGAAUAGAUUCAGUUAACAAGAGCUACAGAUUCACAUCCUAACAGCUAAACUCAAAGAUAUCAAAAGCCUGCAACACGCCUCCUCGCUCCAGCUGACUCACCUUUGUUGCACAGUUAGCUCGCCGUAGAUGUCCGUGCGGCCUUUGUGUGUCUGCUUAUGUGAUGUAGCUGCGGGGGGGGGGGAGAAAGUGCGUCUGGUGUUUGUGUGGCUGCGAUAGAUUUACAUAACGAGCGAAUAGAUCUCUGUGCCUUGAAUUAUUAUGGCUGCCCGCUUGUUGCAUCGGACAUUAGUGUUUGUAUAAAUGCUACCAUAUCAAACCCUUUUCAUCCCAUAGAAAGGAUUUUGAUGCUGAUGUAUGGAGCCUUUUUUUUUUUUUCUACCGCAAAAAUGUAUCUUGUUAUAGUUGUUGCAUUAUGAAAUUGAACUCUUUAUUUACUAUCUUAUGGUCAUUUAUUAAUUAUGCAUUUAAUCUUACUACUUAGUUUGAAGUGGAUGUUUGAUUGGAAGGACCACAUCCAAUGCAAUAACCGCAAACAUGGCAUUUUAAUAAUCGGGCUGGCAUUUGCAUGUGAAUUUGUAGUAGAUUAAACCUCUCACUGCUUUUAAGUACCAUGGUUAUUUUGUCUUCCCCCCCCUCUUCUCUUCUGUGCCAUUUGAACUAAUACUGUGCCUUCCUGUUCCUGUUCUGACCACUAUUAACCUGGUAUCCAGGAUAACUCCACCGCAGGUGGUUGUCUGUCAAAUCAAUACUGUUUUUCCUUGUGUGUGUAUAGCAGCAUGUGUAUCACAAUAAAGAACAAAUAUUCAUUGGUUUUGCAAACUAUCACACUUAUUUAAUGCUGAACAAUUUCCUAUCAUGCCUCAGCGUAAGUGACAUCUUAGUAUGACUCCAUUGUGAAAGCUUUACUCGCUUUAAACAAGACUAUAUUCUCCAAUGUUAUGUAUUUUCGGGUUUUAAAUAGUAUACAAUGACUUAAACAUGCUUUCCUAUUACUUUCUUGAUGUUUUCAAGACUUUUUUCCACAGUGCGACUCAUUUCUUUUACAAAUGGUUAUUUUGAAUGCAUGAAGAUUUACCUGACGUGAAAGUCACGUGAAACUUAAUGGUAUCACAUGUUUUUAUUUGUUUGGGAACCAUUUCCAUUGCUUUUAGGUCUCGUUUUGAAACGAGUGCACUGUAUAUGCUGUAUAUUGAGCUGAUGAUAAAAGUAUUCUCAACCUGC